AGGCUGAGGUAGAGGCCGCGCCCGGAGGGGAGGAGUCGAGGUCGGCCUAGUGGCCGCGCUCGGCCGGGCCACACGCACACGCGGCCCCCCAGGACCGAGCUGGCUGUGUUUCACGGAAGCCCAGGGCAGAGCCCCUUUUCUGACGGACCCCGCUUUCGCGAGCAAACGCCAGCUCCGUGACGUCACAGCCCUGCCCAUCCCCGCAUCUUGAUGUCACCUAGGAACACUCGUUGCCCCCCGCCCCGGCCCCGGCCGCACUUUGCGCUCUCUCAGUGCCCUGUUGGUCCGGGCCGCCGCCGCCGCCGCGUCCUGGCAGCGCUGCACGGAGCCCGCCGGGCUGGAGGACUUGCUGCCGGGAAACUCCUAGGACUUUUCCCUCCAACUCUGGGGUGCUGGAAAGCGUCCGAGUCACCGCCCUCCAGUCGGCUCGGCCGUCCCGCCGCACUAACCCAGCAGUGAUGUGGAGGUGGAGACCCACAGGAGCCCCGGAGUUCACCUGAGUUACCUCAGCAGUCACCAAGAGUGGCAAGGAAAGGAAGAAAGCCCUGAGUUGGGGGGGACCAGGAUGCCCGACCGGGACGGCUAUGCCAACGGCACUGGGAGCAGCGGGGGAGGCCCUGGAGGCAGUGGCGGCGAGGAGGCCAGUGGAGCAGGGGCAGGCGGUGGCGGGGCCAGCUCGGACGCCAUCUGCAGAGACUUCCUGAGGAAUGUGUGCAAGCGAGGCAAGCGCUGCCGGUACCGCCACCCAGACAUGAGCGAGGUGUCCAACCUGGGGGUGAGCAAAAAUGAAUUCAUCUUCUGCCACGACUUCCAGAACAAGGAGUGCAGUCGCCCAAACUGCCGCUUCAUCCACGGCUCCAAGGAGGAUGAGGAUGGCUAUAAAAAGACAGGCGAGCUUCCCCCUCGGCUGAGGCAGAAAGUGGCAGCCGGCCUGGGCCUCUCACCGGCUGACCUACCAAAUGGCAAGGAGGAGGUCCCCAUCUGCCGGGACUUUCUGAAGGGUGACUGUCAGAGAGGAGCCAAGUGCAAGUUCCGCCACCUGCAGCGGGAUUUUGAAUUUGAUGCUCGGAGCGCAGGCGGCUCUGGCGGGGGCGGCUCCACAGGCUCAGUGCCCCCCGGCCGACGUCACGAUCUCUAUGACAUAAUCUAUGACCUUCCCGACCGGGGCUUUGAGGACCAUGAGCCGGGCCCCAAGCGCCGGCGAGGUGGCUGCUGCCCUGCCGACGGCCCGCACUUUGAGUCCUAUGAGUACAGCCUGGCUCCAGCCCGCGGAGUGGAGUGCAGGCUGCUGGAGGAGGAGAAUGCCAUGCUCAGGAAGCGGGUGGAGGAGCUCAAGAAGCAGGUCAGCAACCUGCUGGCCACCAACGAGGUACUCCUGGAACAGAACGCCCAGUUCCGCAACCAGGCCAAGGUCAUGACCCUGAGCUCCACUGCACCAGCAACUGAGCAAACUCUAGCCCCCACCGUGGGUACUGUUGCCACUUUUAACCAUGGCAUCGCCCAGACGCACACUACUCUCAGCAGCCAGGCGCUACAGCCUCGUCCUGUUUCCCAACAAGAACUGGUGGCCCCUGCUGGAGCUCCAGCUGCUCCCCCAACUAAUGCUGCACCUCCUGCUGCUCCACCACCCCCACCCCCACACUUGACCCCAGAGAUCACGCCACUGUCAGCUGCUCUGGCCCAAACAAUUGCCCAGGGAAUGGCACCCCCACCUGUCUCCAUGGCUCCUGUGGCUGUCUCUGUGGCUCCUGUGGCUCCUGUGGCCGUGUCGAUGGCCCAGCCAUUGGCAGGAAUCACUAUGAGCCACACCACCACGCCCAUGGUGACUUACCCUAUCGCUUCCCAGAGCAUGCGCAUCACGGCCAUGCCACACUGAUGGGCCUAAUGGACACUCCCCUGGUGUAGCCUCCUAGGCCUGGGGUGGAGGGGUCCUUACCCCCUCGCCUGGCCCUCCCAGGCCCUGUCUGAAGGGCUCAAGAACUAGGACGAGAGACUAAGGAGUAUGCUUCUGAGGAGAGGUUGGGCUGGUGUGUUCUCUCACCUCCCACAGGCGGGUUCUCUUGUCCGUCUCCUUCAAGCCUCACUGCAGUGGGGUUUGCUCAGGAGUAGAGACUGAAGCCAGCAGAGAGGAAGGGCGGACUGAGGGCUGUGUUCUGUGGGAGUUGGGGGCAUCCCUGAUCUUGUCCUCGCUUCUGCACAGCACAGGUGUCAGCAGUGGUUUUGGAAGAAAACAGAUGCCCUGCCCAGAGGGAGGACCAGGAAGCACUGGGAGGUGGGUGGCCGGAGGAGAAGGCCUGGCUGGAGCCUUCAGACAGUUUGGGGCCCAGCUGGGUUGGACAAUACAGGAGCUGCUCCUGGGCCCCUGGGAAGGCUGGGACCAUAGUACUCCAGCCCAAAGACUAGGGGAGUGCUCAUCACCCUAGUUUGGUGUGGAAAUGGAUAGGGCAGGGCCCAAUACUUUCCCAAAGAAAUAAAAUAACAAUUAUUUUUAACUAAUGGAGGCAGUGAAAACAUGUUAGAUAUUCUGUGUGGAAGUUGGGAGCAGUAAGCAGAUCCCGUGCCAAAAUGGGAUAAAGACCCCACCCUCCCCUUGCCUGGGCAAGUUGUAUGGAGGCCAAUGAAGAAGGGUAGGGACCCAGAAGAUGACCAGAUGGGGCUUUGGGGAAGGCACUUUGUGGGGUAAAAGCAUUGGAGCCACCAGGUCUAGUUUAAAAAUAGUGCCAUCUGUUUCUGGUCUCUGUCUGCAUGUGCUGUUCCCAGGUUGCCUUAGUAACCAGGGCUCCUAGGGUCAUUGAGGGGGGCAGGUCUAAGAAGGGUACACGUGGUGAGGAAUGGGGCCGGGAUGUUACGUACUUGACAGAGCCUUCUCUUACUCAGAGCAGGGCAAGGGGCUGUUUUGCUCGGUGUUGAUGGCAGUUAAAGUCCCUCCUGUUCGUCCUUUCCUCAGUGGCCAAUGCCUUAAGCCUCCAAGGCUUGGGAGGUGCUGGGAAGAGGGAGUCCUUCUGGGACAUAGUCCCCAGGAUUUGUCCCUUUCUUACCUCUGUCUCCACAGGACCAGAGAUUUUAAAUCCACUUAUGGGUCAAUAAGGCCAAGAGCCCCAAUAGCCAAACAUCAGCUCCUCCUCAGCUCACGGCUGAUGGAGGGGAAACAACUCAGGUGUCCCUAGUUUAAUGGGGGCAGCGGACCUGGGGGUAGAGAGAGCGGCCGUGUGCUGUGCUCCCCCGUAGUAUCUCCUGCUACCUCUUGCUCUCUUGUCUGGUUGAUCACUCAGGUUACAACGUCUGAGGUUGAAGAUGGUGGGCUAGGUCAAGGCUGGCCAUUAAAAAGACUAAAAGGGGAAAAACACUGUUGAUGGGUUUUAGAAACACCACAUUGGUAAGCUUAAUGUUGGUUUUCUGGCAAAAUUCUGGAUUAUUAAAAGAGAUGGUUUAUGAGCAUUAA